AUGCUGGCCAGAACGAUCGAGCUCAUUGGCACCUCAGGCUUUGUUGCCCUGCUCAUCCUCACAAUCCUUGCCUCCAUCAUCUUGAGAGCAGUGCUCAACUAUCGAAAGCUCUGUCGAUUUCCUGGACCGCCACUAGCAGCAUGCACUCGACUAUGGCUCUUCCGCCAAUGGCUCAGCUCGCGCGUCCAUUUCGCGCAUGAGGAAGCACUGAAGACCUAUGGCUCGCCAAGUCGAGUCGCGCCUGACCUGCUCAUCACCGAUGAUGCCGAUGUUGUUCGUCACGUCAGUAGCUCACGAUCGGGCUGGAUGAGAUCCAGAUGGUACGACACCAAUGCCUUCGACGCAAGGCAGCAUACCGUGUUUACCACUCGCGACGAGAAGAUCCAUGCUGAGCUGAGAGCGAAAGAGAUUGGCGCGUAUACUGGGCGAGAUCUAGAGCUCGAAGCUGGCAUUGACACCACUAUCCUCGAACUGAUCGCCCUAAUCAGCAACUCAUACAGUCGUCGACCACUCGAUCUAUCACAAGUCACGCGCUACUUCGCGCUUGACACACUCAGCCGUCUUUUGUACAGCGAGUCGUUUGGAAACUUAAAGGCCGACAAGGACGUCUUCCAGUUCGGCGACUCUGUUGCCAGUAUGCUGCCUAUAGCCGAGCUCAUUCAGAAUCACGAAUGGAUCUUCAAAGUCGUGACCAGUCCUGUGCUCCGGAAGUUGUUGAACUCCAAGGCUGCGAAUGAGAUCGGUGCCAAUAAGAUCGUUUCGCUCGCAAGAGAGCACGUGCGAGAGCGAUUCGUGAAAGGCCAGAGAGAUCACAAGGACAUCCUUGGCUAUUUCAUGCGCAAAGACUUAUCGCAAUUGCAAUGCGAGGUCGAAGCGGCCCUCCAGAUCUUCGCUGGGUCCGACUCAACGGCAACGGUGCUCCGCAACACGAUGUUUCUGUCGAUCAGCAAUCCCGCUGCCUAUGGCAAGCUGCGAGCCGAAGUCGAUAACGCCGUGACAUCUGGCCAUAUCUCUUCUCCCGUAGCGAAAUACGAGGAGACGAAGAAACUUCCAUACCUUCAAGCCUGCAUCUGGGAAGGUAUGAGAAUGUACCCUCCGCUGUUCGGCCUGAAAACCAAAGUCGCACCACUAGAGGGCGAUACGAUCAAGGGCGUCUUCUACCCUGGCGGCGUAGAGCUCGGAUUUUGCGACUCCGCGAUGUGUCGGAAGGAGAGCGAGUGGGGCUCGGAUGCUGAUCAGUACCGACCCGAUCGAUGGAUUGAGGCAAAGGAGGAAGCGCUGCAAAGGUAUGAAAUGGUUGUGGGCUGUAUUUUCGGGAGUGGAAAAUACACUUGUUUGGGGAAACAUAUAGCUUUUAUGGAGCUGCACAAGGUGGUGUUUGAGCUGAUGCGCCAUUUCGACUUCGCGAUCACGGAUCCGAUGCAUGGGAUCACAAUGUAUGGGCAUACUGCUUGGGUGCAGAAGAAUAUGUUUGUGACGCCUUACCCACGGCGUGGAAAGGUUGAGCAGAACUCAUAA